AUGUGUGCAACCAGCAAUAAAAGGAGGAAACUUCCACAAGUAUCAUCAAAAAGUUUUACUAGUAGAUCAAAUCGUAUUAUACAUCAGAGAAUUCACACUGGAGAGAAACCAUUUGUCUGCAUGGAAUGUGGGAAAAGUUUUGUCAGUAACAGGAAUCUUGUAAUACAUAAGAGAGUUCAUACUCAUGAAAAAACGCUUGCGUGUACUGAGUGCGGGAAAGCUUUGUCUAGUAGUGGAAAUCUUGUUCAACAUAUGAAACUCCAUACAGUAGAAAAGCAAGUAACUUGUACCGAUUGUGGGAAAUGUUUUAUUAGUAGCUCACGCCUUAAUGUACACAAGAGAAUUCACACAGGAGAAGCACCAUAUGCCUGUUCUGAUUGCGGGAAACGGGUUAAACAGCUAACUUCUCAUAACAUACAUAGGAUAAGUCACACCGGAGAGAGAUUUCCAUGUCCUGAAUGUGGGAAAUACUUUGUUCAUAAAAUAUUGCUUAAGGCUCAUAGGAAGAUUCAUACAGGAGAAAAACUAUUUUCAUGUUCUGAUUGUGGGAAAUGUUUUAUUCAUUGGUCAAGUUUUAUUUUACAUACAAGAACACAUACGGGGGAAAGGCCAUUUGAAUGUUCUAAUUAUGGCAAAUGUUUCAAGCGGGCAUCUGCUCUGGCUGUACAUAAGAGAUCUCACACAGGGGAAAGGCUGUUUGUAUGUCUUGAUUGUGGAAAAUGUUUUAUUCAGUUUGUCUAG